UUGGAAGCGAGGCGUCGUUCCGGUUUUCGGCGUUUUUUUCCAACCGAUAAAUCGCUGAAAGGAAUAAUCGGUGGCGGGAUUACGGGUGGUAUCGAAGUUUGUAUUACAUUCCCAACAGAAUAUGUCAAAACACAGUUGCAGUUGGACGAAAGGUCUGCACAUCCGAUCUAUAAGGGUCCUAUUGAUUGUGUGAAGAAGACAGUACAAACUAAGGGUUUCUUUGGACUCUAUCGAGGAUUAUCAAUAUUAAUUUAUGGCUCAAUUCCCAAGUCAGCAUUCAGGUUCGGAACAUUUGAAACACUGAAAGGCUAUGCUGUAGGGCCUGAUGGUAAUCUUGCACCGAUGUGGAGGUUAAUGUGCGGUCUUGGCGCAGGGCUGUCGGAGGCAGUAUUUGCGGUUACACCAAUGGAAACGGUUAAAGUAAAAUUUAUACACGAUCAGCAGUUGGAAAAGCCGAAGUUUAAAGGUUUCCUGCACGGCCUCAGGACAAUCGUCCGAACGGAAGGCUUCAAGGGUUUAUAUCAGGGUGUGACAGCAACGAUGGCAAAACAGGGCUCGAACCAGGCUAUCCGAUUUUUUGUCAUGGAAACUUUAAAAGAUUGGUAAUC